UUUCUUAAUUAUCUUUCACAAUAUUAGUGAUACAAGAAAUGUAUCACCUGUAUGUUUAAGGGGUAAAAUUGUGUAACAAAGGUGAUUUUGGCACCUUUUUUGGCCCUUUAUAACUUUUUAACUAAUUAACAUAAACAAAAUUUUCUAAUGCCCUAAUUCUGUUAGAUAUUGGACGAAUUUUCUUCCUCACACAUUUGAGAAUUUGUUUUUGAAUUCUUGAAGACAAUAAUGGUUGUUGUCUGUGAUAAAAACUCUUAAUAACGUAAAAUAUUUGAUUCAUUAAAAAUAUUGUGGAAGUUUCAAACUUCAAACCAGACGAAUACAAUUUUGUAGUCUGCUUAAUUUUUUAAAAUAUUAAAAAUGUUUUCUUUUGUUGGAUUCGUUUCCACAACCAACACUCUUCGUGUCCAGAGGAAACAGUUGCGCGAUAGAACAAAUCCGUUAGAAUUGCAGGAUGCUGAGUAAGUAUUAAAUAAAAUUAAAAUUAUAUAUACUACAUAUUGUUAUCAUUAGGUUUCAAAGAAAUUUUAGAUUAAAUAAAGAGGUUUUCAAAAAUGUGUUGUUCCUGGUAACACCUCAUAUGGCAAAAACCUACAAACAAACAGCAGUCCACCCAACACUUAAAGUGGCUAUAUUUUUAAAAUUUUUAGCCACAGGAAGUUACCAAAGACCGGUUGGAAAUGACUUUCUUGGGUGUGUUUCUCAGGCAAGCAUGUGUCGCAUUUUAGACGAAUGUCUAACAGUUUUUGAAUGCCACUACUGCCCAAAGCAAAUCAAACUUAAUAUAUCCCAAGAAGAGGAACAGAGCGCAAAAUGCAGAAUUAAUGAAAAAUUUAAUUUUCCCGGGGUUUUAGGCUUCGUUGAUGGCACACACGUGCGGAUAAAGUGCCCCGAAGUAAAUCCGGAAUUUUACUACAAUCGAAAGGGAUACCACAGCAUAAACGCCAUGAUAAUUUGUGAUGAUAAACUAGUAAUUCGUUUUGUAGAUGCUCGACAUCCCGGCAGUAAUCACGACUCUUUCAUUUGGAAAGGUAGCCAAGCUGACGAUUAUUUCAAUUUAUUGUAUAGUGGAGGUAAAAGAAAUUUUUGGGUGUUAGGAGAUUCCGGUUAUCCAUUAUUACCAUACUUAAUGACACCGCUGAGGAAUUGUAACACGGAACAGGAAGAAAAAUACAACAAAAGCCACAUAAAAGCUAGGAAUUGUGUAGAACGCUGUAUCGGCGUCCUCAAGAACAGGUUCAGAUGCAUACUGGGGGAAAGAGGCCUUCAUUAUGAACCACACAAGGUUACCAAAAUAAUUAAUGUUUGCUGUGCAUUGCACAAUGCAUGCAUAAAGUUUGAAAAUAUAAUAGAUCCUCCAGAAGAACCUAUUAUAGAUGAUGUUGCAGAUGAUGUUGUUCAGGAGAGCAGUCUCAUUGCAAACGAUAUCCGAAGACGUAUUAUAAAUAAUUUUUAACUAAUUUAAUUUAACCUUUGAACUAUGUAGCUAUUUAAAUAUUUAACUAUUGAGCUAUUCCACUAUUUUACCACUUAACUGUUUAGCUAUUUAACUAUAUAUCAAUCUAUUUAUCUAUUUAUCUAUUUAUCUAUCUAUCUAUCUAUC